UAGAUCCCUCAGAUCAGCUAUGCGUCGACAGCUCCGGAGUUGAGUGACGAUCGGCGCUAUGACUUCUUCUCAAGAGUGGUUCCUCCAGACUCCUUUCAGGCCCAGGCCAUGGUGGAUAUAAUUCGAGCGCUGGGAUGGAGUUACGUCUCCACCAUCGCUUCAGAAGGCAGCUAUGGAGAGAAAGGAGUGGAGGCCUUCACACAGCUCUCCAAAGAAGCAGGAUAUCGGGGUGGAAUCUGCAUCGCCCAGUCUUUGAAAAUUCCUCACAACCCCAAGCUGGAGGAUUACGACAAAGCCAUUCAACAACUACUGGAAACCCAACACUCCAGGGCAGUCAUCAUCUUUGCCAAUGAAGAAGACAUACGGGGAGUUCUGAAUGCCACUAAAAGGGCCAAUCAUGGGGGCCAUUUCCUCUGGAUUGGAUCUGACAGCUGGGGGACCAAAAGCAGCCCCAUCCACCAGCUCGAGGAUGUAGCAGUGGGAGCGAUCACCAUAAUGCCCAAGCGCUCCUCUAUCAAAGGGUUUGAUGAAUACUUCACCGCACUCACGCUAGAGAACAAUCGAAGGAAUGUUUGGUUUGCUGAAUUCUGGGAGGAGAAUUUUAACUGCAGGCUUCUCAGUACGUCCAAGAAAGAAGACACCACUCGUAAAUGCACAGGCCAAGAGCGCAUCGGGAUCGACUCCAAGUAUGAGCAGGAAGGAAAAGUGCAGUUUGUGAUUGAUGCGGUGUACGCCAUGGCCCACGCGCUGCACAACAUGCAGAGGGACCUGUGUCCCGACCAUCCUGGCGUUUGUCCACAAAUGGAGUCUGCUGAGGGAAAAAUUUUGCUCAAGUACAUCCGGAAUUCCAGCUUCAACGGCAGUGCUGCCACCCCGGUGGUCUUUAAUAAGAACGGUGAUGCUCCAGGACGCUAUGACCUGUUCCAGUUCCAGAUGACCAACUCCUCCAUGCCCGAGUAUAAGGGGGUAGGACAAUGGGUGGAGACCCUCCAGCUCAGGCUGGAGGAGCUUCAGUGGCCCGAUGGCGAGCAGGAGGUGCCCAUCUCUGUGUGUAGUCUGCCUUGUAAGACCGGAGAGAGGAAGAAGAGGGUCAAGGGGAUGCCAUGCUGCUGGCACUGUGAGCUCUGUGAUGGCUACCAGUACCAGUAUGACGAAACCUCCUGCAGACUGUGUGCAUAUAACAUGAGGCCCGACCCGAACAGAACUGCCUGCCAGCCCAUCCCUAUCAUCAAGCUGGAGUGGCACUCCCCCUGGGCAGUCAUCCCCGUCUUCCUGGCCAUGCUCGGAAUCAUUGCCACCAUUUUCAUCAUGGCUACAUUUGUGCGCUACAAUGACACACCCAUUGUGCGCGCAUCGGGCCGAGAGCUGAGCUACGUGCUGCUGACCGGCAUCUUUCUGUGUUACAUCACAACCUUUCUCAUGAUCGCCAAGCCUGACGUAGGCGUAUGCGCCUUCAGGAGGAUCUUCCUGGGUCUGGGUAUGUGCAUCAGCUACGCAGCGCUGCUCACCAAGACCAACCGCAUUUAUCGGAUUUUCGAGCAAGGAAAGCAGACGGUCACAGCCCCCCGCUUCAUCAGCCCAACCUCUCAAAUCGCCAUCACUUCCAGUUUGAUCUGCGUCCAGCUGCUGGGUGUGCUCGUGUGGUUUGCCGUGGACCCUCCCAACACCAUUAUAGACUAUGAUGAGCAGAAAACCAUCAACCCCAUGCUGGCCCGUGGCGUACUGAAGUGUGACAUUACAGACCUCCAGAUCAUCUGCUCACUGGGCUACAGCAUCCUGCUGAUGGUGACCUGCACCAUCUACGCCAUCAAGACCAGAGACGUACCAGAAGACUUCAACGAAGCCAAACCCAUCGGCUUCACCAUGUACACCACCUGUAUCGUCUGGCUGGCCUUCAUCCCUAUUUUCUUUGGCACGGCCCAGUCUGCUGAGAAGCUCUACAUUCAGACAACUACCCUUACCAUCUCCAUGAACCUGAGUGCCUCAGUAGCACUGGGCAUGCUCUAUAUGCCCAAGGUGUACAUCAUUAUUUUCCACCCUGAGCUCAACGUACAGAAGAGGAAACGUAGCUUCAAGGCGGUGGUCACAGCCGCUACGAUGUCAUCACGUCUGUCCCAGAAGCCCAGUGAAAGACCCAAUGGAGAAGCCAAGACUGAGCUGUGUGAGAACCCUGCCACUGACCCCAUGAGUCAAGCAACCAAGAAGACAUACGUGAGCUACAACAACCUCAGGAUCUGAUGUGCCGGAGGGGAGAAACACUGCUUGUCUGUCAUUUGUGAUUGAAAAGAAUGCUAGAGAAGCUCCACAGAAACGGGAGGCGAGCGCAGGCAUCCCAGCACCACCUGCAGCACCAGUGCACUCAUAACGGGAUGGUGGACCGCAUCCCACCCCCAUCCAGACUUGAAAGAGACUAGCCGUGCUGUGGGCUGCUGAGGCCUCCUGUUGAAGCAAAGUGUUGAAGUUAUUGACCCGGCCGACCCUGGCGGAGAACAAGCCGCCCACUAAAAGGGUCACCAAGGACAGUGGAUCUACUUUCAAGAUACUUUCUUUUAAAAUGUCAUUAAAGCCAUAUUCUCUUGGGGUUCUCAUUAUCUGAUUUCUCUCCUGUACUGUUUCUAAGUGAUUUUUCUUCUGUGCCUCUAUUGCUCCAAGUACAUCGAAUUACCUUGAACAGCGAGCUCUGCCACACACAAUAGUUUUCUUUGCCACAAAUCAACUUAAAGGAAAAAAGUCAGUCCCAUAUGGCAAGUAUAUUUGAGUGAUGGGCGUUGUACGUACAUAUAUUUUUUUUGUAAAUAUUUGAGAGUAUUUUCAUGUUUGGAGUACAAAAAUAGAUAACAGUCAGUGUUCAGUGGGAGUUGGAUGGUUAAGAAAAGCACCACAAAGUGUUGACUUUGCAUGUGCCAAUGUAUGUCUGUUCUAUUUGAUGUAAGCAAAAACAAUUAAAAAAAAUAAAUGAUAAUAAUGAUAAUGAGCUUUGGCACUUCGACGCCUUGUUUUCUUUACCUGAACUCGUUCAAAGGACAGAAUAUGGCUUUAAUUUGGUGAUGCAUUGACUCCCUCCCUCCUGUAUGUGCAAGCAUGUUUGUUUUUCGUAACCCUCCGUUCUGGUACCUAGCAACCUUGUGAGAAACUAUGAAUAUCAGAGCGAACGUGCAAGUUUGUUGUGAUGUCUGUCAAAUUAUGAACAUGUAAUAAAUGCGUUUGUUAUCUUUUAUACAAU